AUGUUCUCAGGCGGCAACUACACUUUCCGAAAUGCCAGCAGCAACACCACGGUGGGAUGGGUUGGUUCAAGCGAUCAUCGUGGUACUCUUGAUAUCCUGUACUCCAGCGGCGCCACCAUUCUCUUAUGUGUCUGGAUUUCUACGUAUCCAAAUAUUCCGGCCCCGAGAGAUCGUCUGUAUCACAGGCUGAUUGAUAAGUUCAACUUGGCCAUGAUCGGUUUCCUAGGCCCCGAUUUACUUUUUGCGCUUGCAUUGGGUCAGUGGAGUAGCGCAAGAAGAAGUGUUGAGGAAUUCAGAAGAGUUGUUCCGAACGACAAGGACAGGAGCUGGUCCAUCACGCACGGUUUUUAUGCUGAUAUGGGAGGAUUUCGAAUCGUCUCCAAUCGGGAGGAGGAUGGCAUUCCUACCGAGGACGGCAUCCCCGUGAAUGCGAAACAGCUUCUAUACCUGAUCGAGCAUGAAUAUAUUGACAUACCAUCAUUAAAAGAGAAGGAAAUCAAGGCAAUGAGUGCCAGUGACACAUUCUCCAAAGUGCUCGUCUUGUGGCAAGUCUGCUGGUUUACCGUGACAGAAGUAAUGCGAUUCGGAUACCACGCACCAAUUACAACCCUCGAACUAACAGCAUUCAUUUUUGCCGUCAUGAUGUUGGCAACAUCUUUUGCCUGGUUUCAAAAACCGCAAAUUACCAGGUCAACUUGCAUCAAACUCCGAAAUGGUUUAUCUUUCCAGGACAUUCGAGACACAGCAAGGACCUCGACCCACCCUAAUAUGCAGGAUAGAUGGUACGAAACUCCUUUGGAUUUCAUUUGGAAAAGAGGCUCGUUUCAACUUGACAAGCAGUGGCAGUACUUCAGCUACCUUAGCCAUUUGUGUCGUGUUCCCCUCUUCACGCGUUUGCCAAGUGGAAAGAACAAAGCGUGGGAGCGAAUGCCGUCGGAUAUUUGGUAUCGCCCGCGAGGAUUCUUGGUUCCCCUAGGGCUUGUCGUACAAGUUCCGUUUUGUUUGUCGUUUCUCGGCGCAUGGAAGUUCCAUUUCGCAACUAGGGCAGAGCAGGUUCUGUGGCGUACUUCUGCUGUCUAUCAUGCCGCAUACUCCCUUGUGAUUACAAUUUAUUACAUUCUAGGGCUGGGGGAGCAAAAGCACACUGACAAUGUCAUGGCAUUACCAGCACAGAUCAAUCAAAACUACCAUCAGCCGCCACCGGCGGAAAGUCAAUUAUGUGUCAUAGUACCGAGCAAAACGAACAUUUCUAUUCUUGCGUCACCGACGCAAGUGGUUUCAUCGCGGUGCUUGGAUACCGAACAAGGCCUGAUUUCUCAAAAGAUUAGUCUCAAUCAGAAGCAGCUACCUGUGGCGCGGUAUUGGAGAAAUUUAUCUCCCGGUGGGGAUCCCGACCAAGAAAUAUCUCUACGUUGGACAACAUUGCUGUUUAUUCUCACCGUCAUCUACAUCUUCUCACAUUUAUACAUCUAUCUAGAAGACCUCAUCUCCUUGAGAUCUCAGCCGGCAGAAGUUUUCCUUGCGAACAAUCAGUUCUUUCCUCUUAUAAGCUGA